AUGUCUGACACAAGUGGUGAUGGCAGUGGUGGAGACUAUGGAAGCUUCACAUGGGAGUCGGCGCGCGUGCUUGCAGCACACCUGCAUGCCAUCGAAGAUGAGGUCAGGGUAAGGGGCCAGACAGGAGCAAUGUUGUGGUACUACUAUGACGACAUCUUUGCCACUGUCACGGAUCUGCUUCAGCGUCGCGGUGGCCGCUUCAUCACCGCAUAUCGCAUCCGCACAGCCAGAUCCUUCCAGCACUCUGUGAUCAAGUGGGGCCUGGACAUGGUGCAAGUGCCACUGCCGCCAGCGCUGGACGACGCCGAUGUGGCCAGCAGCACCCGCCUCCUCGCCUUCUCCCUCAAACACCACCACGAACAACAGCAGCCACCAUCGCCGCCGCCACCACUGCCACCAACAGCACACAAGGCCAACGCAGGGUAA